AUGGCCGGCCACACGAACGACAUCAUAGAGGUAGCAGUCAGCGCUGUAGCAGCCAAUGACGGAAGCGGUGUCCCACCACUGCUGUGCCAGGUCCUCUACCUGGGAAGAGAAAGCAUGAAACACUCUCCAGGUGGCGGUCGUCGAAGAUACGUUCAACCCCUUCAUACUCCCUCUUCGUACUUUUUCCUGUCAGCUGUCAUCUUGCAUCCGAAUUCGCUUGACUAUGACUUUAGCUGCUAUCUGGACGGUGACGUUCGUGUCUCUGGCGGUCCCUGUCCAAACAUGUUACUAGUCGGGCUCCGGGCGUGCGCCAAGUGGAUAAGCGACCGACUUGCCGAUAGUGGCCUGACCGACGUCGAAAGGCAAGAGGGAGAAGAUGUCAUGAGGGCCCACAGACAACGCAGCCGAGGUUGGCCAGCUAUGGUGCCUCUGAACAUGACCAUGUCCCACAUUUACCAUUUCCGCCCGAAACCUUCGACAGCUUCGUUAAUCAUCAACGAGCUGGGUCUGAUCCUUGGGAUCAGUCUGUUCCAGACAGGAUACCUCUUCAAGGCUUACUUCACCUCAGACAGGAUUGACCAGCAUCCGCUCCCGAGCCUAGUCGGCCUAUGCCCGACCUGCUGGAAUGGUACGCUUUGCUGGCAACGGUCCUCUGGACCGGUGUCUAAACCGUUCCUGCUUGGAUGGGAAGUAGGCAAUGCCGCCAAGCCCAUAGAAAGCAGAGCCAGUGUUGGCAAGCCUCGUCCCCUUCACAUUAUCGAUACGGACCCUCCCUCCUCUGUCUUCACCGCCGAUACUGUCCUUGGGCAUUCCCGGCUGGCUGCUGCGGCUGUAGUUUCUGUUAAGGAUCAAUGCAAAGCUCUGGUAGGGAUCCCGAGUCACUUGGCGUCCUGCGGAGAGGCCUUCGACCAGCGCCUCUGCCACGCGUUCGAACCGGGGGUACUGCAGCACCCUUGCCCAGGCCUCAGCAAGAACAUGAGGAAGGCGGAGAGGAAGGUGGAUAGGCAUACGGACCAAGCGCGGGAUGAAGCGUGGGAAACGGACUCUUCCGAAGAAGGAGAUGGGGACCAAAAACAGUAA